AUGCACCACAUAGCAACCACUCACUCUACGCGUUUGUUAGAACCUGGGACGCGUCCGCCUCGUAUGCUCAAUAACGAAGAUAUCAAUCAGCAAUUCAACCCUAGUAGCUUCUUGCCGUUUACUUCGCUCUCUGACUCAGUCGGCCGUAAAAACAGCGCCGACGAUUUAGUCGCCGAGAUUGCGUCAUCUCCCCCUGCCCACUCUCCAUCGGACGCACGCAUAUUAUACCGUGAGUGGCGAACCGGUUCGCACGUGGGUGCUGAUUUUAAUCGGCUUGAAACUGGUGAAUUGAGUUGCUGCGAUAGUAUCGGCAACGGUAUGAGCAAUGAGGACAUCUUGAGCCGCUCACCAUUCGUAUAUGGCCGCUCGCCCAAUUCACUUCCUUGUAUCGCUGAGCGCUUUGAGAACUUUCCACUUCGUGCGAAUGUGCCACCAGUUUCGCCUAUGGCUCCAUUGGAUGUGGACGAUCGUGCGCGCCUAUUGUCGCAACGAAUCGUUGCGAUGGACGCUACUCAUUCUGGAGGUGUAGCAACGGUAAAGUUCCAAUCUGGAUCCUAUAAUUCUGUCGGUUCUCCAGAGUUGGUGACUGGAAUCAAGAAAGCUCAAAGCAACCAAGCGCUGGCUGACUUGGAAAAAAAGGGGUAUUUUCCUGUUGCACCUAAGCCGUCGGCACUGGGCGUGCAAAAAGGUCUAAAGAGCUCGGUGGUUAAUGAUAUGUGUCGUGCUGUUGUGAAGCACAUGGUUGGAGAUGUUUACGUGUCGGCUUCGGGCUCAUAUGGUCAGCGCAAGGUGCUCAAUCACUUGUACGAACCCGUGCUUGCUUCUGUUCAGGCCCAUUUCCGUCGCUUGCCAGCAAGAUACGCGCUUUCUGUCAACCCGGAUGACGUGCCACUGCAUAUGCGCCUACUUGCGAAGAAUCAACGCGAUCCGACAGCCAUUGCGGUUAAUGCUCAGCUUAAGAAAGACGAUAACGGAGAGAUCGUGGCUAAUGUUUGUGAAGUGGUGGUGGUGUCACUAGACCGUGAUAAUAUGCUUGAUGCUAUAACGCGGGCACUUACUGCGAUGAAGGGCAAUAUACUGGAUGCCGAUGUAAUGACUACGUCGGAUGGUACGUUACUGGAUCGUUUCGUUGUGAGAGGGUCCUUUAUGAGCGAUGAACGACAAGACGAGCUGCGUACACUAAUUGAACAAAAUCUAAAAUGGCUUAGUCUAGAGAAGGAUACGCCACCAAGUCCGACGAGUAGACAAAGUCUCGAGGUCAAUGCAAAUGAGAGCUUGGCCGAAAAGUUGGGUGUACUCCAAAUGGUGGACAAAAAUGAAAUUAGAGCUGAAUGGGAACUGGACCUUAACGAGGUUCAGCUUAAGGACGCUGUGGGCAAGGGGCGCUCUGGCAGUACGUAUAGCGCCUGGUGGCGAGGCACGCAUGUAGCGGCAAAGAUCGUCGACUCCUCCAUAAAUACUCAAAUCGUCGGCGAUGAACUUCUCAACGAAUUCUAUCGCGAGGUUGCAGUUGUUAGCAAACUGCGCCAUCCAAACAUUGUCUUAUUCCUUGGUGUGGCCAUCAGUCCACCACGUUACUGCUUAGUGUUUGAGUUUAUGGAGAAUGGUACGUUGACGGAUCUCAUACGUGCUCGAAAAGGACCGAUAGAUUUUUUUCGCUUGGUAGCAGAAAUGGCAAUGGGAAUGAACUAUCUUCAUUUGUGCUCUAUUAUGCACCGGGAUUUGAAGUCUGGCAAUGUGCUUAUCGAUUCGCAUGGUACUGCUAAGAUCUCCGACUUUGGAUUGAGUUGCGUGCUUGAUUUCGGCAGUUCUUCAGACUUGACUGCUGAAACAGGAACUUAUAGGUGGAUGGCACCGGAAGUCAUUCGCCACGAACCAUAUUCCAGCAAGGCCGAUGUUUACAGCUUUGGCAUCGUGUUGUGGGAACUUUUGGCCAGAGAUCAACCAUUUCGUGGUCUGACCCCGAUUCAAGCCGCGUUUGCAGUUGCUCGCCAACUCAUGCGUCCCGCAUUGCCUCGUCAGACGCCACAAAAAAUUGGCGAGCUAAUUGAACACUGCUGGCAUCACGACCCAGCUCGUCGACCUGACUUUGGGGCUAUCUUGGAGGCUCUUCCAUUGGUUAAAAAAUCGCUCAAAAAACGCGAUUUCAAGAACAUGGGUUUUUUGUACGUUUCCUCAUGA